AUGUUAAUACAUAUAAGCUAUAAAUAUGGAUUGCCCGGAACUAUAUGGCAAAGGAGAAAGUAUUUAUAUUUUACUUAUUACAAUAUUGGAGGGCAUCUUUAUUCAUUACAAUCAAUUUUUAAUGGAAUUUUGCGUGGUAAUCAUACAGGUUUGGGGAUGUUGUGGAAGCCCUUUGGUGAACAAGAUUAUAGAAAUAAGUUCAUUAUACGCGGAGGUGAACCUCUUGUUCAUUUUGGCCUAAAUAAUUAUACACGUUCAACCCCUCCAAUCCGUACUUAUUCCAUUGAAGGAAUUUAUGAUGAAUUGAGUGAUAAUGCAAGGCAAUGUUUAAAAAGCAGUGAAUUUUUACAAGUUGAUUUGAAAGGAGAAAAAGUUUUGGUUGCAAAAUUAUUUAAACAAUACAGUGAAGAUUUUUGUAGUUUAGGAACAAAAAGGAGUACAGAUGAGGUUAGUUUGAGGAGAGAUUAA